CUCUUUGGUUGUUUUUUUCUUUGUUAAUUUCCCAACUCUUUAAUUUUUUUUAAAAAUUAUUUUCAUUUUCCUUUUUCUCUUCCUUUCUGCCCAUUAAACAAUGAAAAUGGCAUAUUACCAAUCAUCCUUUCCCCUCUAUAGGAAACACACAUCAUUGCUCCCAACAAUCCUUUUCAACCUUAGAAACCUGAGCUUCUAAGCUAUUCCCUCUCUUCUCAUUUUUUCUUUUUCCCUUUCUCUCUUAUGCCUCUCUCUUCUCUCAGUUUAAAUAUCAACCUUCUUUAUAACCUUUUCUCUCCUCCCUCUCUCUCUCUCUCUCUCUCUCUCUCUUAUAUAUUGCCAUCUCUGAGUUCCUCUCUAUAAUGGAUCCUACCUCAACAAAUUCUGUCAAUGGUUUCUAUUCCUUUCUCACUCGAGGGAUCGAUGAUCUUGAACGUGUUUAUCUCUCUAACAAUUUCAUGUCAAUCCAAUUCCUCCAAAGGGUUCUUUCUCUGUUAAGAUCUUUUCAUUCUCAGUUGACCUUGCUGGUCCAAAAACUUCAUUUGCCUGUGGGAGAUAAGUGGCUUGAUGAGUACAUGGAUGAGAGUUCCAAGCUAUGGGAGGCAUGUCAUGUUCUUAAAUCAGGGAUUUCUGGGAUGGAAAACUACUACUCAGCUGGAUUCAAUAUUACUUCUUCUCUUGACAGCCAUCGGCGUCUUAGUACCCAGCUAUCUCGCCAGGUAAUACGGGCAAUUUCUGGGUGUCGAAGAGAAGCAGCAGGAUUGGAGGAAGAGAACAGAGCUUUAAUGGAAACAAGAAUCCAACCACUAUCUCUGCGGUUCGAUGAGAAGGUGUCGAUUGAAUCUAAACUGAAUGGUUUCAAUGGGUUUCGAGGGGUUCUUUAUGCAAUGAGAAACGUAAGCUCUUUGCUUCUAAUGAUCCUGCUAUAUGGGCUAGUGUACUGCUGGCCAGAGUCAAGCUUUCUGCGAGGAGGGUAUGAAGGAUGCCUGUUUUUUGGAUCAGCUUUCAUGAUCUCAACAGCAAGAUUGCAGCAGAGGGUAGCAGGAGAGAUAAACCAGAUAAAUGGGAGACCAGGGAUUCUGCUGUAUGAAUUUAGGAGAUCAAAGAUGGCGAUGGAGGAGCUGAGAGGAGAGCUAGAGAUGAGGUGUGGACAAGGCGUGGUGGUGGAUUGGGAAACAGAGGUGGAGAUAAGGGAGAGAGUAGAGAAUUUGAGAGGGUGUUUUGGGGUGUUGAGAUCUGGGGCUGAGAAUAUUGUUGGCCAGCUCGAUGAUUUCUUUGAUGAGAUCGUUGAAGGAAGAAAGAAGCUUUUGGACUUUUGCAGCCAUAGAUAGAAACAGGGACAUAGCAAUGGGUGAAAAAAGAGAAAAAAAAAAAUAUACAAGGUAGAAGAAGCAGUUGUUGGGGUGGUUGCCUUUAACCCAUUCUCUCCUUUUAUUUUAUUUUAUUUUUAUUUUUUUAAUUUUAAAUCUUUUUUUUUUCUCUCUCUCUCUCUCCUUUUAUUUUCCCUCCCAGGUUUCUGUUCAUUACUACAACUACUACAUUCUUUUAAAACUUUUCUGUGAAAACCCUUAGACGAAGAUUGAACAAAGAAGAAACAGAAAAUUUUCUGGGUUGGAGAAGAAUUAAAAUUGGAGGGACCAUAAUUGUCGUAGGAAUGGCCGAGCUGUUUCUCUUUGGACAAGAACAUGAAACACCAUCUUCUGGGUUCCAUUUAUUAAUUAUAAUGGACAAAAGGAAUGGAAACUUCUUGAUUUUUACAAAUAGGUUGUAGUUUAUCUUUGCAUUUUUAAUUAGUUAUUUUAUAUUUAUAAGUCAAAGUGGUUUCCCUCCUGUUCCACUUACAUAUAAAUAGAGAGAGAAAGGAGCUCUACUUGUUUAUUUGUUA